AUGGCCACCAAAACCGUUACCAUUGAGGAGCUGAAGGAGCACUCCAAGAAGGACGACCUCUACAUCCUCAUUAGCGGCAAGGUGUACAAUGUGACAAAAUUCAUUGACGAGCACCCCGGUGGAGAUGAGGUUCUCCUGGCGGAGGCCGGCAAGGACGCGACGGAGGCCUUUGAGGACGUUGGCCACUCUGAUGAGGCUCGCGCGCUUCUGCCCGAUAUGUUCGUUGGCAACUUCGAGGGUGCUCAGUUGAAGGAGGCAGCGAAGGCGGCUUCUGGCCUGACCAACCCUCAUGUCAACAGUGCUGUCGAACAAGGGUCCAACCUUAUGUACUUCGUCCCUCUCGGUCUUCUGGGUGCCUACUUUGCAUGGCGGUUCUACUCGUCCGCAUAA